UAGGUUUACAAUGUAUGCAAUGCGCUGGUGUAUCAAGCCCAGAAGAUUGUUUGACAAAAGUUACAUGUCCAGACCAAUAUCAAUGUUUCACCGACUUCUAUGUAACUGAGCAAGGGUUUCUUUAUUACGACUUAGGAUGCAGGAUAAAUCAGAUUUGUCAAGUUCUUAAUGGACAACACACACGAACAAAGUUUUUAGAAAAGAGACAAUUCAAAAGUAUCCAUCUUUGUGAGGAAUGUUGCACUACUGACUUUUGUAACAGACAAGGAUGCCCAGAGAACUCUGUGACUCGUGUGAACAAUACUUUAUGCUUUAACUGUCAAGACGCGAGCAGUCCAGAGAAGUGCGACACAGUUGAUGUUUGUAACUAUGACGAGAUAUGUAUAGCAGCAUUAGUUUUGACGGAUUUAUUUCAAGAACGAUAUCAACUUAGAUGCGAGAAAAAGCACAUAUGUGCCAGGUCGGUUGGAGGACAGUUUUAUGAGCAACCAAGCCGAACCCCAUCUCUUGCUCUUGACAGACGACAAAUCCAGUUUCCACUGACAGAGUGUCAGUACUGUUGUGAGAGCAGUUUCUGCAAUAAUAAAGCCUGCGUAAAAGGAACCGCCCCUCCACCUCACCUCGAAACAACAAGUAUAUUCACCGUGCAGACGUCUUGCCCGGUGGACUGGGCAGAAUAUAAAGGAGAAUGUCUCUUCUUUGGUAACAGUCGUCAACGCUGGCUGGACGCAGAGAACCACUGCCGAAAAUUCCAUGCAUAUCUUGUUACAGACGAUAAUGCUGACAAACACAACUUUAUUUCAAAUGUCAUUAGUGUUUUACAUUCAUUACAUCAAAACACGUUUUGGAUCGGUGCCAAUGAUUUUGCAAUAGAAGGCUCGUUCCGUUGGCUGGAGACCGGACUGCCUAUAGGCAACUUCUCCGCCUGGGGCUCAGGGAAACCAACACGUAACGACACAAACAACUGCUUACGUAUGUUCUACAACGGUGAUCAGUAUAAAUGGGAAGACGUCUCCUGUAACGAUAGAACCACGUAUUUUAUUUGUGAGAAACCUGCGGAAAAUACUGCCUCUCUUACUACUGAAAAUGUUCAAAUAAUUGGAAAAUAACCAGGCCAGUCUGUAUGCAAAAUAAAAAUUUUUGCUUCUAAA